CGACAUGUGAUCUUUGAAUCUACUAAUGUGAUGCUUCGUCAAGCUAACAAUAGCAAUCCUACUGGAACUGUUAAGUAUGAGGGCCGAUUUGAAAUCAUUUCUCUGUCAGGUUCUUUCUUAAAUUCUGAGAGAAAUGAGAACCAUGGAGGCGUUCUUGAUCAUACUCUCAGUCACCCAGCUUAUUUACAUCGCUGGAGUUCAUGGCAUGAGGGACCUUAAGGAAUCAUGGGCGUCGGGUUUCUACUGUGGCAAAUGGCAAUCAUCCGAAACUCGGGAUUGUGUGUGUGAGCGUUUGUAUUUGUGUGAGUGUGCUUUAUUUUGUUCAUAGGAAGCUUAAGAUAAAUUCAUGCAUUCUUUAUGUACAAAAGGAUUAGAUCUUGUUUUGUGUGUUGUCACUUUGUGUUCAUAGAAUAAGAUCGAACUUUGAGG